UCUACAGUUGUGUUUUUUAUUCCGGUGAAAAAUUUAUAAAUUUUAGUGUUGUGUUGUAAACAAAUAAUAGCAAAUGUUUAAACAAGUUUUGUUUAAAUGAGUGCAACAACAAUUUUGUGAAAAGUGUCGCAUAAUGGAUAAUAAAAAGGAUAUUUACAAUCUAUGGGUGCAGUAUACGACUAAGAAUGAUGAAUCUUAUUUUCGUCAAUUUAUUGAACGUUUUGUAAGCAUUUGGAAGAGUCAAUUACCGGUGGAUUUUGACCGUGACGAUCUACCGCUGUGGCAUGAGGUGCGCCCGGAUAGUGGUCCACAUCUGGGACGUCUGCCGGAUGAGUUGCUGCCGGCAAUAGGAAAAUUCAUCAUAAUUGCUCGCGAUACCAGUGAAAAUGGCACACUUGACGAUGAGCAGAUACGUCAGAUUGCUGUACUGGUAGAUUGCUUAGUGAUAAUUUGUCGACACUUUGAUAAUAUUUUGGCAAUUAUUAAAUAUGAAUAUAAAUCGAAUUUAAUUGCUAUUUUGGCCAAUACAUUCAAAGAGUGCAUGACUCGGCAGCAAGUAUCUAUGGAAGUAGUGCACCUAUUUCGCAGUUUCUCGCAAUUUCUUGAAGUUAUGUAUGACCCUUAUUUGACUUGGCGUAGCUUUUUACGCGGCGCCUAUGCAGAUUUUCACAAAAUACCUUAUAAACCACAUACAGUGCAUGUGGAAAUUGUGCCGUUUAUCUAUGAUUGCUUCCAGAGGGAAGAGCUUACCAAAUUUCCUGCGAUUGGGGAAUGUCUGGUGAAUGCUUUAGGUGCUGUUAUAUGUGGAUCUCAGAAAUCGCUAACAUCUCUGACAACUAAAAGUACAGCAAAUUGUGGUGAAGGGCAAGAAAUCUGUGAUAAUUUGCGUAAUGGCAUGCGCGCCAUUUGUCCCGCAACCGUUUCAGUCAUUAUGAAGAUUAUUGCACAGUGGGAAAGCGCCAGUGAGCUGCGCGCCGUUGCGCUGAAGUGCUGUGCUCUUAUGAUUGUUGUAUUACAAAAGUCUAGUCCGGAAGAACGCCAAAUAGAUUUAGUUACGCUAAUUCAGCUUUACUGUGAUGCCCUGCAAACCCUUUUGACCACUGAUCACUUUCUCAGCGGCAAUAGCGUAGCGUUUGAAAUCGCUAGUGAUGACGAGGCCAGCGAUGUGAUUGUGGACGUGAAUGCGUUGGCGGCGACCGUCGAGAAUGUUUGCCUCUUCCUUGUGGAUGUGGUGAAGGCGCAUGUUAUCUGUGAAGCUAUUAGCGAGACGGCGCUGGUAGAUACGCUUAUAAGCAUUCCAAAGCAAAUAAAUGGCUGGAAUAUGAACUAUGCGCCAGUGCUGUGCGCCACCACCAAAGCGUUAGCGGUAAUUACACGCAAUUCGCCCAGCAUUGCCGAACAUUUGCGUGUGUACGAUAAAAUAGAGAAAUUUUUCAAGAGCUUAAAAGCCUUAGCCGUACCUAACGAUACACUCUUGGACGCAUGCUUCAAUAUGGCCUAUAAUGAGCAGAACCAUUUGCUCGUACUGCCAGAAGUUGUCAUCAAACUGAUUGAGUGGCUGCCGGAGAUAAACGAGCGCGAACAAAUUUACUUAAGCAAUAUAAUACUGCGCGGCUGCACCACCAAUUAUGCAACUAAAUCCGUUGCCUGCGACAAUCGCACCAUUAAGGCGAUUUGUGAGUGUUUGCAUCAGUAUGAGAAACUCGCUGAAAGUUGCAUACAAAAUUUCAUCAAACUCAUUGAAGAGCUAAGUAAAAUAAGCAUCAUACCGAUUGAGCUGAAACGUAUAUUCAGUUUAUUGCGUGAGGAGAGCGGUUUUCCACAAUCCAAACAACUGCUACAAACAUUGAUUGUCUGCUCAUUGCAAAGUCUCAAUAAUAGCAAUGUUUGCACGCAGUUUUUUACAAUCAGCGCGUCGCAUGAAGGCAUUGCGGUGCCUGAUAUCAAAAAUUGGUCCAUGUCGGGGUCAUAUGGUUUCAUUUUUCACAUGCUCGUAAGGCUGCAAGAAAAUGUGGAUGUGAGCCGGAGGAAGGCUGGCAAAGGUGGCGAUGGUGAAGGCUCAAAGGAUACGGAUCGGCCGAAUUGUCGACGCAUGUUGCUCAAUUUGCGCACAGCGAGUCACACCGGCUUUGAAGUUUUCAUACAGAAUAGCGGCAAUUUGGUUGUGGCAGCAUUGACGCGUCGCGAAUAUCUCACAUCGGUGGUGCAUACGAAAACGUUGUUGGACGGACAAUGGCAUUAUGUUACCGUCGCUAUUACGCCGCCCAAGCGUCCAUUUUCUUAUAGUCAAAUCAAUGUUUACAUUGACUUCAUGCAGAAAUUGAGUGCGACGCUCAAAGUGCAAGCGAUUAAUGAGCCCUUCAAUUUCUGCUCAAUCGGUUCGGCAGCGUUGCCUUUACGUGGCCAUCAAGUUGAACAACACGCAGUCAGUGCUACUGGCUCGCCCUUACCGCGUUCAUCAUCCCAGGAGUCGGGCAGCUCUUAUAAGGGUGUGCUGCCUAGCCUGCUCGAGCGCACACUGUCAACCAACGUCUCAAAUUACUUUACGCUUCCGCUGCGCACACAAAGCUCAUUCGAUCCGAAUGUGAAAAAUUUUCCCAUCGGCAUGCAAGACACUGUGUUCGGCGAGCAAACUUGUCUGCGUGGUCAAGUGGGCGCUGUACUCUUGGCAGAGCCCACCACAAAUAUCAAAACCAUAUUCGAUGCGGGCAUACAUUUCCCUUCGAUAUUCUCGCAAGACAAUGAUUUGCUCGAGCUAACAUCGCGUUUUGUAUUCUGUUAUGCACCCGGUGGUUAUUGGAGCGAAAGCUGUCAAGAUCUCAUACCGGGCGGUCGUUUCCCAUCACAAGUCCAUGCCCAUCAUUGCGCCAUAGUAAAAAUACAAGAUACAAUAAAUAGUAUCGGCGGCGUACAGGCGAUAUUGCCGAUACUACAUCGCCUCACCAAGCAGCAAGAUGACUUUUCGCUAUCCAGCGCUGAGGGCAAUGAUUCGCUGGGCAGCGGCGAACAGUUACGCACACCAACCGCAGAAGAAUUCUCCGAUUGGGAAAUGCUCUCCUCCAAUUCCUACACAGAGUGGAAGAUGAUACAAUUCCCCGUCGCCAGUUUCAUUUGCUUCCUGCGCUACCUCACACACGGCCAUGAAAACAACCAGGAGAAUAUGCUUAAUAGCGAGUGCCUGCAAAUGAUUGGCGCUAUGCUGCAAAAGUGCUCGCCCAGCAUAUUUGAUGUGAAUGCGUUGAUGGCAACGCAUCUUUUCAUCGAAUCUCUGCAAGGUCAAAAGUCGGAGAGUGGCAAUGCGCAGGGCAACUCGGCGCUGCUGGACGUAUUAUACACCGAUAUCGCAUUCAAUUUUCACAUUUGGGCGCGCAUGAACUUCCAAAUCACGCUCGGUCAUGUGCAGUACCUCAGCGCUAUGAUUAAGAACGAUCGCAAGUACUAUCGCAAGAAGUUCGGCAUACAAUUCUUUUUGGAUGUUGUGCGUGAUCACUAUAGCGCGCCGGACAGCAUUACGCCGGAGGAUGCGAAGACCUUACGCGCCACGCUUUACGCUAUUGUGCGGUUUUACCUGCAGAAGGAUGUGAAUAUCAAAGAGAUUUCCACUAUGAUUGCGUUCUUGGCGUCGGUGCGGCAGGAAAAUGUGCUCAUCGAAUUUCUGGAGAUGUUGACAUUCCAUAUCAAGGGCAAGAACUGCAAAGAUCAAAUGAUUCUGCUAUUGCACGAACCCCAGACGGCUAAUUUGCUGUACAAUUACUUUGUGGAUAAGAGUUAUAGCACCGAAGUGCAAGAGGCCGCUAUAAGGUUCAUUAAUUGCCUGCUGAGCACUUCGCGCGUAAAUCAGAAGUAUAAACAAAUACUACGAUUGCACGACAACGCCAGCGAUAGCUCUCUCUUUCCCGGCUUCUUCUCCUACACCAUACCAAUGACCCUCAGCUCCACCAUACUCUUUCACUUAGUCGACGAAAUGUUGAGCUCAGAAGCCGACUACGCAGGCAUUAUUUUCCUUGUACAUCACAUCAGCACCUGUGAGUUGCCAAUUAAGUUGGAGAUCGCCAAGCGUCUGUUGCAAACUACAUUUGUCAAGCACAAUUCACCGCAGGCCAUAGCCAAGCAAUCGGGUUGGCAGGAAUCCAUUGCGCGUCUGCUAAUACAUAAACCGAUUACGAAUGUCAAACCCGAUGAGGAGAAGCGUAAGAGCUUUGGCAUUAGUUUGGAUGUGCUUUUGGAAGAUAAUAAUGACUUCGCGAAUCAAUCGGACUUGAUUAGUUUCUGCGAACAGCAAGUGGAAUUAGAUCAAUUGGCCAAGGAGCAUGAUGAUGAGCAUAGUGAUGGCGGUCUCAUAUUGAAUGAGAUACAAGCGAGUGUUACGGAGGCUGCCAACGUCAUCGAGAGUGAAAUUAAAGAACUGGCCGAAUCUGUUUCUGGUGCUGUCGUCGAAAAUGUUUCAUCUGUUUUCUCAGUUAUACGCCAAACUACACACGAUAUUCAAGACACCUUCGAGUCAUUGACGCUGGGUGGUUCCACUGAGGCCGAGACAACGAGCCUUUCGCGUCAACGCACGGAAUCCAUAAGCUCAGAUAGCUCAACGACGCAAUCACCAAAGCGAGUUGUCAAAAAAGCCGAUUCGGAGAGCAAAACCACGGGCUUUGAAUUUUCACCAGAUGCCGAUGUGGACAGCGAAGAGCAGCUUGUGUACCUAGUUUCGAAUAUAUUAUUCACCGUUUUUUGGCGUGGCGUCAGCAAUGAUCAUCCACAAUGUUGGAAGGAGCGUGGACAAGUGCUCGGCUGCAUAAAUUUGCUGGCGCUCAAUAACGAUUUGGUGACAUCGCAUCUCUCUUUGCGCCUGCGCAUACUAGAAAUGGCUGUGCAGGCGUCGCUUUUCGAUCUGUCCGAAAAUGGCAAUCAGACGCUAAUAAACCAAGAGAAUGCCUCACAAAUUCUACGCAUGGUGUAUGACCUUGUCGUGCUCGGUUCGAACGAGGAUGAAUCGAAGAAAUGUUCAACAAAGCUGUUGGACGGUGUUUUAGCACUCCUGGACGCUUUGAUGAUAUUCCAACAGGGCUCUAACGACGAUUGGUCGGAUAUGAUACGUUUGUGCUUGGGUUUGCUGUUAAAAUGCUCAUAUCACCCCAAUCCGGGUGUGGUGGCUAUGGCCACAGCGAAGUUGCACGCCAUACUGCAGAGUCGCAACACAGAAGAUCCCAGUGAAUUGGCGUACUUAUUGUUCAGCAUUAAUCGCGCUUUGGAUAAUGCUAUUGAAGUUGGCAAUCCCGAAGAAUAUUCGUUUUUGAUGCCAGUUAUGAAAGCUUUACUUGAAAAAUGCCGGAAGGUUUUCAAUUUGGAUACAAACCUACCUGAUUUACCGCCUACCUCAUCGGGCCCUGUGUUCUUCAAUGAUUUCCAAAUGUAUAGCACAAGCAAAAAGUGGCGCAAUUUUAUCGAACGCAUCGUCAAACCUUUGCAUGAUGUGUAUCAACGUGAAAUCGAAUUGAACCUUUGGGAGCCAAUCAAUCGUUAUUGGGCUGAAUGUUACGAGGCCUGUAAAGCAGCCUCGAAGAAACGCGGCACUUAUCAAGCAGAAAACCGACGAAUUUUCAAUCAAAAAAUCGUAAUGCCUUGGAAGGUGCGACAAGUCGAGGAGAUGACACGUCUGAAUGCCGCUACGCUCGCGCAAAAGACCACAAAUAGUCACAUCAAGAAGCGCUGGAAGAUGGCCAAACGUUUUUUGUACGGACCGCGUGGCCCAUGGUUUACGGGUAAUUCUCCAGAAGAGUUUUGGAUGCUCUCCAAUCAUGAGAAUGUCGCGCGCAUGCGUCUCAAACUCGAGCCGCAAUUGUAUCCGAACAAGCACGAGAAUGCGGCGAAUUUACGUGAUAAUGCCACAAAUGCCUAUGAUCCAAGAGAAAUCUCGGAAUUCGACUCGACAAUUAAGAGUGCCGUUGUACGUGACUUCUUAGCAGACGAUGAGAAUCUACAGCUCGAAGAGGAGCUGCGUCAAUCGAUUGAAGCGCAAUCGCAGCAAGAUGUACCACUGGAAAAAUCAGUCAUUUCACAAGACUGCGAACUGAUUACGCUGAUGACGAAGGUGAAAGGUAAAAUCGAGGUGAAUCAAACGCUAUUCACCUUCAUCGAUUUGAGUCCGCCGUCGGAAGAUGGCUCCAAACAUGAUUUUCGCUUUCCAAUCAGCAAAAUACGUGAGGUACAUUUGCGCAAAUUCAAUUUGCGGCGCAGCGCUUUGGAAAUAUUUUUAAUCGAUCAAACUAGUUAUUUUCUCAAUUUUACAACAAAGACACGCAACAAGGUUUUUACGAAAAUUUUGAGCCUCCAACCGCCAAACAUUUUAUACGGCUCCGGUCGCUCUCCCGGAGAAUUAUUGCGCGCUUCGGGACUUACGCAGAAGUGGGUAAAUCGUGAGAUUUCCAAUUUCGAAUAUCUUAUGUACUUGAAUACAAUCGCUGGCCGCUCUUACAAUGACCUCAGUCAGUACCCAGUAUUUCCUUGGAUAUUGUCCGACUAUACCAGCGAUGUUUUAGACUUAACCGAUCCAAAAUCUUUUCGCGAUCUUUCCAAGCCUGUUGGCGUGAUCAAUCCUAAAAAUGAGGCUGGUGUGCGCAUCAAAUACGAGUCCUUCGAAGACCCCUCGGGUGCGAUACCGAAAUUCCAUUACGGCACACAUUACUCUAAUUCUGGCGGUGUUUUGCAUUAUUUGCUGCGCGUGGAACCAUUUACGUCGCUGCAUAUUGAGUUGCAAAGUGGGCGCUUCGAUGUGGCCGAUCGGCAAUUCCACUCAAUACCACAAACGUGGAAAUUGUUAAUGGACAAUCCGAACGAUGUGAAGGAGCUGAUACCAGAAUUCUUUUAUUUUCCCGAAUUUCUGAAAAAUAAGAAUAAAUUUGAUUUGGGUCACUUGCAAAUAACAAAAGAAAAAGUGGAUGACGUCAUACUGCCAACAUGGGCCAACACACCGGAGGAGUUUAUAGCUAUACACCGACGUGCUUUAGAAUCGGAAUAUGUCAGUCAAAAUCUGCAUCAUUGGAUCGAUUUGAUUUUCGGCUACAAACAGAAAGGCCCCAAAGCUGUCGAAGCGCUCAACGUUUUUUACUAUUGUUCAUAUGAAGGUGCCGUCGAUUUGGAUAAAAUCACCAAUCCCGUUGAACGUGAAGCUGUUGAAGGUAUGAUCAACAACUUCGGUCAAGUGCCAUCACAAUUAUUGCGUGAACCACAUCCGCGUCGUUUGACACAAGAGGAGACGGCACUCAAACUGGUGCGCGCCGAAUUGAAACGACCGGAUCUUACGCAAUUCCUCGAUAAGGUUGUGCAAUAUUAUUGCGAGCUGUCAACGCCAAAAGAUCCAAUUGUCUUCCUGAGCGCACCGCGCAGUCCGCCACGCUCAUUUCUACAACUCAGUCCGGAUGUGCUUGUCAGCAUAUCGAAAUCAUGUAUACUUGGUGCUAACUCAUGGAUGUCCUAUGAUAAGGAUCGAGGAUUUCUGCUGGAAAUCGAUGCAACAACUACCAAUUUGAAAAACCGCAAACGCAUCUUUGGCCCCUUCCAUCCCUCACAACAUCCACACUCACAACUGUUCGCAGUGAGCACAGAUGGCAAGCUAUUGUAUGCCGGCGGCAUCUGGGAUAACUCGCUGCGUGUCUAUAAUUUACAUAAGGGAAAAGCAGUAGCCUCUGUAACGCGGCACUUAGACAUCAUCACCUGUCUGGCGUUGGACAACUGCGGCUCUUACUUAGUCACCGGUUCGCGUGAUUGUACCUGCAUUGUUUGGAGCAUACAGUCUCAGCAGUAUGGCAAUGUGCCGGCCAGCACAAACAUUCCAAUGCACGCGCUUACUGGGCAGGCCCAUUUGCAGGCGAUAACACAGCUGAAUACGCAGAAUGCAUUCUCGCCCAAACCAUUGACCACACUCUACGGUCACGAUGAUGCCAUUUCGAGUGUCGCGAUUUAUACUGAAUUGGAUAUGGUCGUUUCGGGUUCACUGGACGGCACUGUAAACGUGUAUACCAUACAGGAUGGCCAAUUUGUGCGCACACUGAAGCCUAUUGGCUGUACUGAGACCUGCGUACAAAUAUCAUUCGUUACUGUUUCAUAUCAUGGUCACAUUGCAUUCAGCGCGCUGGACGAUACCUCGCAUUCGGUGCAUGUCUACAGUAUAAACGGCACUAGUCUCGGUUCCAAGUAUGUAUCCGGACGUGUAACUGGAUUGGAUACGGCUACCGAUUACUUGGUGGUGGCGGACGAUGCCGGUGAUAUCACCAUGAGUCGUUUGCAUGGCUUGAAACCUGUGUUUGACAUUCCACUUCAUAUUCCAAUACAAACAGUUGUGGUGACACCUGGGAACACUCACAUACUUGCACCGCUGCGCGAUGGCCGGUUAGCGGUGAUUGCCGUGCAGGUGCCGGCCGGCAACAACAAAAAGCAUUCCGUACUCAACGUUUAAUAAAAGUCAAACUGCUUAAGAACCGAAACGAAAAUUAACUGUAUGUGGCAAAUAAAUGAAGUGAGCAAACGAAUUUGUAAUGGGUAUGUAGUAGUAGAGUGUGCUUGUAAUUAGAAUAGCUACAGUUUAGGCGUUGGAGCAGCAGCGAAACCGGUAGAAAUGUUAAAAGUAGCAAAACAACAACAAAAAUAAAGCGAAGACAUUCUCACGCAUAUAUAUUAACAUUCAUUGGUAUAUACAUACAUAUAUACGUAUUGUAUGUAGGUGAGUACGGUAAGCGUCCGCGCAAUUCGUUGAUUUAAGCUAAGCAGUGAUUUUGAGUGGUCUUCUCUUGAAAGUCACACACAGAGAAAGAAAUAACAAACACUUGUAACAAUUAUAUGCACUUCAGCUGCUAAUUAGAAGGAUAAAAUACGAAAGCUCCACUUCAUUGAUAAUAAAUUGCUGAUUACUGUGCUGUCUACAACAGCAGGAAAUCGACAAAAAUAGAAUUCAAUGCAAAACAAUAAUAAAAAAUAGUGCAAAUAAGUGGAUUAAAACUCACAGUGGCAAAAUGAGUGAUUUAAAACAGACAAAAUAUAAAAUUAACACACACACACAGUUUGGGCGCCUUAACGUAGGCUAUAAUUAUUGCGAGCAUAUAUUUGGCGAGAGAUAUGCAAUAAUUGGUAACUGUACUCGCCAUAAGCGAUAGCAGCAAACUGUUCACGCAACAAUUAUGUGUCGCUGCUUAUUUACUUGUAUGUUUGUAUGUAUUGUUAUGUAAUUGUAUUUAUUAUUUACUGCUUUCGAGUGAAUUAAAUGUCGCUAACGCUUUAUGUAUUUUAAUCUUAUUACUACUAAUUCAUUAUUUUUGUCUGUAUGUAAUCUAGUUGUAAUUACAGUUUGUGCAUUAGCAUUAAAUGCUGGCCAAUUAAGCAGCUGUCUUAUUUCUCGCUCGCUUUUUAAACUGAAAAAUCUGAAUUCAAUUUUAUUGAAAAAUUAAUAAGUUGAAUAAAAAAUAAUAAAAAAAUUAAUCACCAUAUUGCUUUAUAAUAUUUCUGUCUAUGCAGAACUUUUCUUUCUAUUUCCUAUUUUUUUUUACUUUUAAGCAAUAAAAAAGCAGAUCUUAAAGGUAAAACUGUGCUAGAGAAGGAAACUAAUUAUUUAACACAAUAUUAGCAUUAUUUGUUACAGAAAUUCAAAAGUGACAGUAUUAUUUGUGCAAAGAGCGCUACUAGCUUUUGGUAUUCUUCGUAUGUCAACCAAAAUAAAAAAUUUGUAUGUUAAAUUUUUUUCCAAUUUUUUUUUAGCCCAAACCGCUAAUUUCGGAAAUUUCUUUUCGAUUUAGUCUAAUUUAUACAAAUUUUUAUAUCUCCUAAAAUUCAUUCCUUAUAAAAAAAACUCGAAAACAAAUUUUUGAAAAUUUUAAAAUUCGAAAAAAAGUAAAAUCGACUUUUUUCUGGACAUUAGAUUAAACCAACCUUUUCGAGAGAUUGGACAUAGAUAAAACUGUAAUUUCGUACAUAUCUUUCAAAAUCGAAAUAUUUUAUAAAAAAUUUAAAAAUCGAAAAACAAGUAAAAUCGAAAUUAUUCUGGACAUCAGAUCAAACAUAAAUAUUUUCGAGAUAUUCGACGUAUGUUAGUAAAAAACAAUUUCUCGUUUUUCGAAGAUAUCUUUCGAAAUCGAAAUAUUUACCUUCGAAUUUCGAAAUAAGCUUAUUGAUAGAGUAUAUCCUGCUUCUAUUUCAAUGUCCUAAAUUCUUUUCCGAUAUAUGUAGUUUAUAUCAACUUCGGGUCAAAUCCAGAUAUUCGAAAAAAUUUAAGAAAAAAUUAAAAAACUAACCUCAUUUCAAAAUUGCAUGUCGUUGUAUAAGCAAUAAGCUCUCAGCUCUCAAAAAGCCAAGAACGAGUUCAAUAGUAAUAUAAGCACACGCGUAGUAUCUUCUUUGUUAGAUUGCAAAGACCCUGUAAAGACUCAUAUUUUUGCUACGUGAUUCCAGAAAAACUGAUUUCUUCGGCAAACAUGUGACAUAUAAAUUGCUAAAUUAUAGUUUUAUAUUAUUAUUGAACUAUAUUUUUCUGUAAAACAAAACAAAAAUGAUUUUUAUAAAAACUACGACUGUUUUCAGUAUUCUUCUAAGUAUUAAAAUUAUGCUUUUACGAUUCGAUGGAGAUAAAAUUGUUUAAAAAGAGUUUUAUGCAACAGAAUUUUAAAUAGGUCCGCCCAUGAUCGCUAAGUUGAUAAAUUUCAUUAAAAUUUACCCAAAAAAUAUUUUUGUCACACUCAAUUCUCUAAUGAACUCAAAAUGCCAAACUUUUCUCCCGUUUCUGAACUAUUAAUGGCAUGUACAUACCACAAGAAAGUUUGUUCAAUUUUUUCUACAAUUUUCCUUUUCUAUAAUUAGUCAUCAAUUUUGGUACUCACUGUACUAUUUACUACAUAAAAACUACAUGAAUGCGCCACACAACUACACACUUCUCACAUUUUGCUCGAAACACCAGCGCUCACUACUGAAACCGUCUGCAGUUGUGCUGAGCGCCACCAAUCAUCCAUGAAUGAAGCGUGAAAUGUAUGAAAAAAGCUGCGCAUAGCAACAGCAAAGCAUGCACACGCACAAAACAUAACUACAUAUGUAUGUAUGUAUACUUUGCUGUCAUGAUGAUCAAUGGCGACAACAUGUGGACAAUACUGUGUCUAUGUCUAUGGCGGCAUAUGCGCAGGUGGCGUGGUCUCCUCACAGACAUUGCAGGCCGUUUGACGCACUCAAUAUCAUUCAGAUAAAACUUUAAUUUCACAAUAUUGAAUUUGUCAAUGAAUAUAUGUAUACUAAUAAAGAGAAGAAAUAAAUUAACAUAAAAGUGUGCCAACAACUCAACCACGUAUGAGUAGCAUUGAGGCGACAAUGAGUUCAGCAUACAAGCGUGUUAAUGGUUAUAACUACAUAUGUACAUAUAUGUACACAGGAUUAUUCUAUCGUUGGUGUUGUUGCACCUGGCAGAUGUAGUGUGCAUAAAACUUGAUAUUUUCAUUGAUCAUAAAUGGUAUUAACCGGGUCUGUUAAAUGCACGAGAUUAUAUCAAAGAAAAGGUUGUGAUAUACGGAGUUUUUCCUCUUGCUUACUUCAUAAUCGUAUAUAAUAUCAUUAUGCAUAAGUACUCCAUUUGAUUGGAUUAAGUUGCAAGCGAAAUCAUUUUCUUAUAAAUGCUGAUCAAACUAUUAUUUUUUCUUUAAUUUUUUUUUUUCAAUUCCAAACACCAAACUAUGAGCUAUAAGUUCCUUCACAUCGAAGCGGUGAAAAGCAAAUCAAAGCAAAAUGUUGGACAACUGUUACCUUUUUCUGUUUUGAAAAGCAGCAGUCGCCAUUUUUAAUGUAGAGAAGCACGGUAAGCAAAGCCUUCAUCUGUGUUUUAUUGUUAAAGUAUGAACUAUCAAGCAAAGCGAGAACACUUUUAUGCUACUCAUAUACAGAAUCAGCCGUAAAACUCAAGCAUGAUUAUAUACAUUUUAUUUACCGUAAGGUAUAUUACCAAUAUUUAUACCUUUCCUCAACUGUUAAAAUAAUUUGGCCGUAGAAAACAUUAAAUUAAUUGAGUAAUAAUUAAUUUCUCUAGAAACCUGCCAUGGCUUCAAAAAUCGUACUUUUCUCGGUGACUAUACUCUUCAUUUUAACUCGAAAACCAUAAAUUCAUUCCUCUUUUUCCAUUCCAUUUGAAGUAUUACAACUUUCACUAUUAAGAUAUUUUCAAAUUCAUUAUAAAUUAGUUUGACAUUACCAUUAAAAAAUUACUCACUAAUAAAUGGGCUGAGUUCUAAGACAUUGAGCAAGUUGAGUGGCACAUUGUAAAGAAAUGUGCUUAGGAUAUAGUACUUUAGAUUCGCUUUUUGACGCAAUGUUAUAUUCUUACCCUGGUUUUUAACAAUAAUCAUAUUUGACCAGUUUUAACUUUUCGAAAACUUCCAUCAGAGAUUCUUCUAAUUACGAAUAAAAAAAUACUUAAAGUUUAUUUAACACGCGUUAACACCUGAAACGAAGAGUCAAUUGGCAAUCAAUUGCCUUAGCUAAUUGAGCUGUUUGAACAUGGUAAUAAUAAAAUCAAAAUAUCGAAAAUAUUCCUUUAUGGUAGAAAAUUUUGACAACGCUUUAAGGGGUUACAUGGGUUUUCUCGGGUAAAAAACAGCUUUUUUCAAAAAUUUUUUCUCAUAUAAAAAAUUAAAUAUUUUAUUAGAAUUUUUUAUUGUUACAAACAUACACUAUUAACAAAGAAAUUCGGAUAUUUAUGGAAAAAAAUGUUUAAACUCUCAUUGCGACGCCAUUUACGGUGACCCCUCGGAAAAAAGAUGCGCCUGCGUUGGCAGAAUAACUCCUUACACGAUCAUCUAAAGUGAAAAAAAAUACAUGUUUUAGUUAAAACCUUAACUUAGAACUUGGAUGAAGGAAAAAAACUGAAAAUUGGAUUUUUGGCAGACAUUUUUAAAAACAAAAAUUUAACCUUACUGCGAAAAUUUUUUUUUAUAGUUGUAAACGAAAAAAAGAAUCCUUCGCUCAAGUCUUUAAGAAUUGUAUCUCAAAGAUCUGUGUAAAAUUUCAUGAAGAUCGGUUGAGGUGUUCUCGAGAAAUCUUACCAACCGACUUCAGAAACACAGUUUCGAGAAGAAUGCGUUUAAGGACGGCGCACUUAGCCUAGCUAGCCUCGAGCGUACAAAUUCUCAAGGCUGUAUCUCCGAAACCAUUACUCGGAUUAACUUGAAAAUUUAGGAAAAUAUUCUAGAUAUAUUGUAAAGCUUAAUAAGACAAUAAAAAAUUAGAUUUUUUGAAGCCCGUAAACCCAUGUAACUCCUUGAGAGUAAGAACUUAUACAGUGCAAUUUCUUUUCAACAAUUUACAUGCUCUUUGUUAUAGAAAGUCAUUGUUCUGUGGCUGUUUUAAUGGCUUUCCAGAACUUAUAUGCCUGAUAAGAGUGCCAAAAUAUAAAUGGUUUGAGCACUUAGUUGGAUUUGUUCGACUUAUAAAUGAAAGUUGCAAUUAUAUAACUGUAUAUGAAUGUAAGAGCUUCAUAUGUAUAUUUCCUUAUUCAUUUAAUCUAAACUUCUUUCUAGUUUAUCUCUUGUCUCAAAAAGAGGCUUAUAAAGCAAUUCAACACGCGCACUUCACAUAUCUAUUUAUAAAUGAGUGAAAUAUGAUUAUUAAGUGUACGUAAAUGUGUAAUUAUUACCCUCCAACACUUGCUUUGAGUAUUAUUAAGUGAUGGUGCUUUUUUU